AUGAUCAAGUCGGGUCUUGUAAAAGAUGGAGUGAGUAAAUUGAACGGAGUCAAAUUCAACAGGGACAACAGCUGUUUCGUGCUGGCUCAUGAAAAUGGCUUCAAAGUGUUCAACUCAGAUCCAAUGGUCGAGUGGAUCUCGCGUGACUUCACCGAUGGCGGGCUUGGGCAGGUGGCUCUGCUUGAACGCACCAAUUGCCUGGCGCUGGUGGGAGGCGGAAAGCAUCCAAAGUAUCCCACAAACAAGGUUGCUAUAUGGGAUGAUAUGCGAGAUCAGGCGGUCACUUUAUUGGAAGUCAAUUCGCCUGUUUUGAAUGUAUUUAUUACCAAAACCAGAGUGGUGAUUUUGACAAUCAACCAGGUUACUGUGUACUCGUUCGGAGCCUCACCAAGUAUCUUGGCUACUUUUGAUACCGCGUCAAAUCCACAGGGUGUGGGGGCGAUGGCCAAUGGGCUGUUAGUUGUUCCUGCCAUCGCCGAGGGCAGGGUCCAGUUGAUUGAGACAGAAAACGGGGAGUGUCGAAUUUUGGGGCUUUUGCGGGCUCACAAAUCGACAAUCAGAGCGUUAGCGAUCAAUUCGCGAUUUAUUGCCACCGCCAGUGUCACUGGUACCAUUAUACGAGUGUUUCGCAUCGAGUCCAAGACGGUCAUCCACGAAUUCAGGAGAGGGCUCGACAAAGCGGACAUAUUUUCGUUGGCGUUUUCUCCGUCAGACCAGCUCGCUUGCCUAUCUGACAAGAAAACAUUGCAUAUAUAUGACAUGCACGCUGGAAUCAACCGGCGACAUGCUCUUCAGGGACUGCCGCUGGGUCCCAAGUAUUUAAAAUCCGAAUGGAGCUAUGUUUCCGCACAUACAGAACACGCGACGGAAGGCGUUCUCGGUUGGAUUGAUGAUCGAUGUCUAGUGGCUGUCUGGCUACAGGCUAUGCGAUGGGAGAAAUAUACAGUCUUGCCGGAGGCCGGAGAGCUGGUAAGAGAAGCAUGGCGGAGACUUACCGUUGAAUGA